CAUCCAAUGCCCGGCUUUGACUCCAAGCGGUUCAUCGGACUCGAGGAAUGGUUGGCCAAAGAGCUCGAGUGCAGCAUUUGUCUGCACGUCUUCGACAAAGCCGUGGACACCAUCUGCUGUCACACCUUCUGUCGCGACUGCAUUCAGCAGACAAUCGUCAACAACCGUCUCGUGUGUCCGCAGUGUCGACACGAGUCGGUCCGCAAACGGCAGCGCAGUCUCACCGCCGAAGCCCAGUGUCAUGAUAUCAACGAAUCGCUGUUCAGGAGUAACCGACGCAUCGACGGCAUUGUCCAGCGAUUGCGGACCAACUGUGACUUCGAGGACAAGGGCUGCGAUGAGGUGCUCGAGUUGGGACACCUGUCCGCACACCUCGAGAAAUGUAAUUACAAUCUCUGCGAGAACUGCGGCCUCAAAGUCGGCAAACGUGUCGAUCAUAACUGUCUGGAACUGAUGAAGAAUGAGAGGAAGCGCUUCAUGAACACCAUUAUUGGCUAUAAAUUCAAAUUAAAUCAAACCAAUAAACGCCUCAAAACUCUUGAGCUCCGGAACAAAGAGCUCGAGGAAGAGGUGAAGCGUUUUACAGGCGCUGUGGACACCACUCCCACAGCUGUCACUCCCACUUCUACUUCAGGUUCGCGCAGACCUCUGGAUCUGACAAAGAAUGCAAAGAACUCUCGUUAUACGCCAAAGGCCGGCAAUUAUGGCUUCAAAACGGGCAAAAUUGUGCGAAAUUAUGGCAAAACAUUCAAUAUAUUGACGCAAACCGGAGAGAAAAAGUCGGUGUUUCGCAUGAAAACCAGUCAAACAUUUGACGACUUUGUGAAACACGUGGCGAAGACUUUCGAGACCGACGACCAGCUCUUGAAGAUCACGUACAAUACCGAUGAAGCGAUCGCCAUAUCGGACACAAUCACUAAACUGAAUAUACCCUCCAAUAGGCGUACACUAAAAGCUGUCUAUAAUGACGACCAAAUGUUGGUGAAUAUUAUUCUGUAAAUAAUUUUUUUGUUUAGUUUUUACCGGUAUUUAAAAUUUGUCUUAAGUUUUGCAUUCGUUUUAAAUGCGAUUCACACGACUAGUAGUUAUUAAUUGUAUAU